AUGUACCAACUCCGGUCCGACUACGACCGGGCAUUCGUGUUCAGCCAGUACUCGACGACGCCGCGGGGCAGUGGAGGCCCGCCGCGUCAUGAUGGCGGUACGCCCAAGUCGUCUCCUUCAGCCCCGGCAAACCGCGUUGUCGACGGCCAGCCGUGCGAACUUGCGGUGGAAAUCCUUGCGGACAGCGUCCUCGAAGGCGACGAACGCCUGUCGUCCAUGGCGCGCAUGAGCUACACGCAGUCAUUUGUAGGAUAUGACGAGUCAACGAAUGGUCGUGACCUUCUGGAUUGCACACCACUGCAAGCAUCCGCUCCAGACACGUCACCCCCGUCAGCACCUGUGCCAUCAUCCACGCAAUUGGAAUCCCCUCCAUUUCCCACGGCAGGUGGACUUAGCCGUACCUCUAGUGGCAGCCAACUGAAAGGCAACUCGCUCAUGGCGACGCCACGGCAAGUAGACGCGAAUCGCGCGCGUAGCAUGAGCAGCUCCAACAUCCUUCAGCGCGGGUCGUCGUCGAAACCCAAGGUUGUCGGGCUCAAGGGUCUGUACGAGCCUGCGCUGACUUUGCACUGGGAAGGGUAUCUCAUGAAGCGCAGUGACUGGCUCAAGCACUGGGAAACUUACUACUUUGUCUUGCACGGACGCGUUUUGUGCUGCUACUUGAGCGAAGACGACGCGCGGCUCCAUCCCGAGAACUCGCGUAUCAAGGACGGUCGGUUCACGUUCAGCGACAAGGUGGUUCUUGACAAGGUUAUCGACAUUCGCACUCACUACGACUACGAGUACUCGUCGUCGGCCUCGUAUUCGUCUGCAUCGUACCAGCAUACGUCGUCGACAACCCCGUCCAUGUCGACGAAUGCAUCGGUGGCCGCCGCGGCGCUCUCGAACGCGUCGUCGCCGCCGGCGACGCCGUCCAAGAAGCACGUGCCUUUUCGCUUUGUUUUUGAAACGCAAAACUCGAAAAAGCUGCACUUUCGCGCCAAGUCGGAAGCUUCCAAACAACUUUGGAUGCACAUGGCAACCCACGGAAUUGCCGACACGGAUCUCGACAAUGGUGGGCUCCGCCGCCGCGGAUCCUUCCGCAGCGUUGGCUUGAGCGAUUUCUACGCUGCGUACGAGUACAUGAUCGCGUCGCUGAGUGACAUGGAGGACAAGCACAAGCUCGCGGCACACAAGAAGCACCGCGUGAACCAAGAAGUCGUGCCGAACGCGCCAUUGUCGUCGUCGUCGAUCCGACCAAAGACCGACCACAUUUUGGGUCGGUUGUUUUCAAUUUUGCAACCCGACAUCGUGCUCCGGUCCAACUACCUCCCGAUGGUCCCGUUUGCAGGGACGUACCGAGAGUACAUGGGCAUUCUAGACUACUUUACAAACGUUGCGCGCGCCGUCAAGUUUAAGAGCUUCCAGGUCGACGGGAUGAGCUGCGAAGGCCAGAGCGGCAAGCGCAUCGUGGUCGUGUCGGGCAAAGAAACCAUGCAAGUGCGCACGUCCAAUGCGACCUUCAUGCAGCACUGGGUGCACAAAUUGCACUUUAAAGAAGACGGCCGCAUCUCGAGGUGGGAAAUAUUUGGCGACGUGGUCGCGUCGUCGGUAGUGUUCAAGCCGCAGGGGUUCAGCAUGAGUCUGACGCUGCCGUCGCACUCGGAGCGCGUCCGCGAAUCGUUUGUCGGCGGGUACAUCGUCGCGAUCAAGUUUAAGCACCUCACGGGCAUCCGCACGGACCCAAACGAAAAGUACUUUGUCCGGUGCGCAUUUGAAAACAACACGAGCCGUGACAGCGACCAGCGGCAACCAACGCAAGCCCAGAGCAAAGUGAUCACGGCCACGUCCGCCACGGACGGCGACGUUUGUCACUUUGACAUCAAGCAGGAUUUGUUUCUCCAAAUGGACAGCCUCUCCCGUGACGACAAUACGCUCUUGGGGGUGCAAUUUUGCCAACUGUCCACCCACGACGUGUUGGGUCGGACCACCGUCAACUUGGCUUACUUUUUCAACCGUGCCGGCAUGGAAUCGAGCUGGCAAACGUAUACAUUAUCAAACGCAAACGAAAGCUUUUACGGGAAAAUGAUGCUCUCUGUGCAUAUCUCGCCUCUUGGCGAAGGUGCCUCGAGUCUAUCGGUCCCGAGCACUCCAGGCGUCAAGCCCCGGUAUCCUUGGCUCUCGUCGACGACGCGCGCAAGCCACAACCUGACCAACCGCCACCUCUUUAGCUCGUUUGUCGGUGAAGAUGUCGAUCAGAGCUUUGUCGACCGACCGUCGACUGGGCAAGGCGCGGCGCUGUCCAACUCGACGGACAAGUCGUCGCUGCACCAGUUUAUCAUUGGCGACUCGACGUUUUCCAUUUCGGACCGGUAUCGGAUGGUCAAAGUCGUGGGAAAAGGCACGUAUGGCGUCGUGAUUGCUGCCAGCGACUGCAUCAACGGAGGAACGUAUGCGAUCAAGAAAAUUGCCCAGUUUAUGCGCCACCCCAAGGUCGCGAUGUUGGCCUUUCGAGAGAUUCAGCUCAUGAACAAACUCGGCGCGCAUCCGUGCAUCAUGGGAGUGCACGAGCUGCAGCGUCCACUCUCGUUUGAAGCAUUCGACGACUUGUACAUUGUGCAGUCGCUGAUGGAGACCGACCUGUGCCGCGUCAUCCACUCGAAGGAACACCUGAGCGACGAACACAUCCAGCACUUUAUGUACCAAAUCCUGUGCGGCAUCCAGUACAUCCAUAGCGCCAACGUCCUCCACCGCGACCUGAAGCCGUCCAACAUCCUCGUCAAUUCGGACUGUUCGAUCAAGAUUUGCGACUUUGGCUUGGCUCGUUUUGCGACCGACCAGGAUUUGGCCGAGGGGCUGUCCGAGUACGUUGUGACGCGCUGGUACCGCGCGCCCGAACUCCUUCUCGCGAAUGCAUACGAAAUGUCGAUUGAUGUGUGGUCCGUGGGAUGUAUUUUCGGCGAGCUCCUCGGUCGCCGCGUGAUGUUUCCCGGGAAAAGCUACGUCGACCAGCUCAAGGUCAUCAUUGAAGUCGUCGGCACGCCGUCCACGUUUUCGUUUUGCGACAACCCGACCGCCCGCCGGUUUGCCGGUCGGCAACUGCUCACGCGCAGCCCCGUCAUCGCCAAAGUUGCCUGGCCGGAAGUAUUUCCCCAUGCCAACCCAGAGGCGCUGAAUUUGCUCGACAAACUGCUCCAGUUUGACCCGAACGAACGCAUCACGGCCUCGGACGCCCUCAAACACCCCUACUUUGACUCGUGUCGAAAUGACGAGCUCGACAGCAUGCUGUUCACUCCAAACGACGCGGAUGGCCCACCCGCCAGCACGUUGGAUUACAAAAAGGUCGAGCCAGCCCAACUCAAGCAGCUCUUGUUUGACGAAGUCAUGCGAGAACGUUAA